ACCUCUCCCAAUAAAUACCGGGGCUCGGCCAGUUUGCUAGGCAGCGGUAGUGUUGGGAUUCGGUCGGUAGCAGUGGUUCUUCCGCCCCCGUUUUCCAGACUUGUGCAGGAUUCAAGACCUGAGAAAAUGGCAUUGGCAGCAAUUGAUCCACAACAGAACAUUGUAUCGAGGGUUGUCAAUCUUCCCUUGGUGAGCUCCACCUAUGACAUGGUGUCCACAGCUUAUAGCACUACAAAGGAUAACCAUCCUUAUCUGAAAUCAGUAUGUGAGAUAGCAGAGAAAGGAGUGAAGACAAUUACUUCUGCAGCUGUGACAAGUGCUAUGCCUAUCAUCCAGAAACUGGAACCACAAAUUGUUGUUGCCAACAACUAUGCGUGUAUAGGUUUAGACAAAAUUGAGGAGAGACUGCCUAUCCUGAAUCAACCCACUGACAAGGUUGUCGCCAAUGCCAAGGGUGUAGUUGUUGGAGCCAGAGAAGCUGUAACAACCACUGUGUCUGGUGCCAAGGAAACUGUUGCUCACACGAUCACUGGAGUUAUGGGCAAGACUAAAGAAGCAAUGCAAGACAGUGUAGAAAUGACCAGGUCAGUUGUCAAUGGCAGCAUUAACACUGUCCUGGCAAGUCGUGUGUUGCAAAUGGUGAGCAGUGGAGUGGACAGUGCUCUCACUAAAUCGGAGAACCUUGUAGACCAGUAUCUCCCACUUACAGAAGCAGAACUAGAGAAAGAAGCAGCAAAAGUUGAAGGUUUUGAAACUGGAGUUCAAAAACCAAGCUACUACAUUAGACUAGGAUCUCUGUCUUCAAAGUUCCGUGCACGUGCCUACCAACAAGCCUUAAACAAAGUCAAUGAUGCUAAGCAGAAGAGCCAGGAGACCAUCUCUCAGCUUCACCACACUGUUAACUUGAUCGAGUAUGCCAGAAAGAACAUGAAUAGUGCCAAUCAGAAACUUCUUGAUGCUCAGGAAAAGCUGUAUCAAUCCUGGGUAGAAUGGAAGAAAAAUACAGGCCAAAAUGAUGGUGAUGAACUGCAGAACGCUGAGCUUAUUGAGUCAAGAACUCUAGCUAUAGCACGGAGCCUCACUCAGCAGCUUCAGACCACCUGCCUCACACUGGUUUCAAGCCUACAGGGGUUACCGCAGAAUGUGCAGGAUCAGGUUUACAGUGUUGGGUCAAUGGCAGGUGAUGUCUACCAGAGUCUUCUGUCUGCAUCUUCCUUCCAAGAAUUAUCAGACAGCUUUCUUGCCACUAGCAAAGGACAGCUGAAGAAAAUGAAGGAGUCUCUGGAUGAUGUGAUGGAUUAUCUUGUAAACAACACACCGCUUAACUGGCUGGUAGGUCCCUUUUACCCACAACUGCCUGGCAUUCAGCAUACUGGGAGCAAAGGUGAAGGAGAGAAAAAUUCCAGCCAGAAAGACAAACAGCCUGAACCCACUAAUGAAUAAACUGCACAGCACGCAUGUACUCUGCUGACUGACAAAACAAUUGGCAUUAGCAAGUGUAGCUGUCAAAAAAGCCUUGGAGAAAAAUCCAUAAACUUAGAGUGGGGGAAAUAAUUCAGAAAAAAGAUACUCUUACACAUAGCUAAACUACACAGGACAAUACAGCCCACUCUAAAAACUCAAUCUGUCUCAAGUGCCUAGAUAUGGGCAGCUUACAGUUGUCAAGAUGCCUUGUUUGUCAAGAAACCUUGCCAUGCGUAUUAAUGGUGUUAAUACCGUUAGUCUAAAUGAAACCUACCAUAGCUAAAAGCAUUUGCUUUGUUGCUUAAUCUGUACCAGGAUGAUGUAUAAGCCUUACUAUGAAAUGCUUUUAAAAGCCCUGCAAUCCAGCUAGGUAUGCUUAAAUUUCAUGUUUGUUGCAGAUCACACAUUUAACUGUUAUGAAUCUGACUCUCAAAUUCUGCUGCUACACAAUUCAUUACAAAAGUUCUCCGAGUCCAGAAUUCCAUAGCUGAAAGUGGGGUUUCUGAAUUAGUCAGCUGGAGUUACUUAAAUGCUGUGGCAGUGUUAAAAUUAAUAAUAUAAACUUCACUGUUGUAUAAUACAGUAACCUGAUCACACGUCAUAGAAUAUUUCAAGUUGGAAGGGACCCAUAAGGAGCAUGGAGUAUAACUCCCUGCUUCUUGCAGGACUACCUAAAACUAAACUAUAUGAUGAAGAUGUCCAGAUGCUCCUUGAAUCUUGAUAGGCUUGAUGCUAUGACCACUUCCCUGAGGAGCUUGUUCCAGACACUGACCAAAUCAUUAUCAACACUUGUUGGUUUAUGUAUUUUUUUUUUAAUUCAUGCUGUUUGUAUCCCAGUGCCUGCUGUUGUGUGGGUUGUUGUUUUGUUGUAGCUGUCUUUGUCUUUUUUUUUAAAUGAAUUUUAUAUGUUAGUAAUAAAUGCUUCAGCAGCCAAA